AUGGAAGGAGUAGAGAAAGCCAAGGGGUCUUCAACAGAAAUCUACCAUAGCUUGAGCAGAAGAAGAAGCAGAAGCAGGGGGGUGAGCAUGGAGGAUGUGUUUUUAAGCACCACGCCCUCUCGACGAAACAUUCGAAUGGAUGAAGACGAAGAAGCUCUGAUAUGGGCAGCCAUUGAGAAAUUGCCAACAUAUAAUCGGUUAAGAACAAGCAUCAUCAAGUCCUUCGUCGAAACCGAUGAUGAUGAUGCUCAAGGAAACAAGACCAACAAAGUCGUACAUAAGGAAGUGAACGUUCUGAAGCUCAACAUAACCGACCGUCAAACAUUUAUUGACACCACUUUUAAGGUUGCAGAAGAAGAUAAUGAGAGGUUCUUGAAAAUGUUCAGAAGUAGAAUUGAUAAGGUUGGGAUCAAACUUCCCACAGUGGAAGUUAGGUUUGAGCAUUUGACAGUGGAAGCCAAUUGCCAUGUUGGCACCAGAGCUAUUCCCACCCUCCCAAAUGUGACUCGGAACAUCGCAGAAUCAACUCUUGGUUUAAUAGGGAUCAAAAUGGCUAAGAGAACAAAUCUAACAAUUCUCAAGGAUGCCUCUGGCAUUAUCAAACCAUCAAGGAUGACCCUUCUAUUAGGCCCCCCAUCUUCAGGGAAAACAACCCUUUUGCUGGCAUUAGCUGGGAAGUUGGACCCAAGCUUGAAGGUUAGAGGAGAAAUCACUUACAAUGGAUAUAGGCUGAAUGAAUUUGUGCCACAGAAGACAUCUGCAUAUAUUAGCCAAAAUGAUGUUCAUAUGGGAGAAUUGACAGUCAAAGAAACUCUAGACUUUUCGGCAAGGUGCCAAGGGGUUGGGACGAGAUAUGAACUUCUUUCUGAGCUUGCUAGAAGAGAGAAGGAGGCAGGAAUAUUUCCAGAGCCAGAAGUAGACCUUUUCAUGAAGGCUACUUCAAUGGGAGGAGUUGAGAGCAGUCUCAUUACUGACUAUACUCUCAGAAUGUUGGGGCUUGAUAUAUGCAAGGAUACCCUUGUAGGAGAUCAGAUGCAGAGAGGGAUAUCUGGUGGGCAAAGAAAACGAGUUACCACAGGUGAGAUGAUUGUUGGGCCUACAAAAACAUUGUUCAUGGAUGAGAUAUCAACGGGUCUUGAUAGCUCCACGACACAUCAAAUAGUUAAGUGCUUGCAGCAAAUCGUACACAUUACCGAGGCCACAAUCUUGAUGUCCCUACUCCAACCUGCUCCUGAGACGUUUGAUCUCUUUGAUGAUAUCAUCCUCUUAUCAGAGGGCAAGAUCAUCUACCAAGGGCCACGUGAGCACGUAUUGGAGUUCUUUGAGAGCUGUGGAUUUCGAUGCCCCGAGAGAAAGGGAACUGCUGAUUUCCUGCAAGAGGUUACCUCAAGGAAAGACCAAGAGCAAUAUUGGGGGGACAGAAGCAAGCCAUACCAAUACAUAACCGUCACUGAAUUCGCAAACCGAUUCAAGCAAUUCCAUGUCGGCAUGUGUCUUGAGAAUGAGCUCUCAAUCCCUUUCAAUAAGGCCCAAGGCCAUGGAGCAGCCCUUGUAGUCAAAAGAUAUUCAUUACCCAGAAUGGAAUUUCUGAAGGCCUCUUUUGACAAGGAAUGGCUACUUAUAAAGAGGAACUCUUUUGUUUACAUUUUCAAGAUGGUCCAAAGCAUUGUAGCGGCAUUUGUAGUCACGACCCUAUUCUUGAGGACGCAAAUGCACACUAGAAAUGAAGAUGAUGGUGCACUAUAUAUUGGUGCACUUCUGUAUUCCAUAAUCCAUAACAUGUUCAGUGGUUAUGCUGAGCUCACAUUGGUCAUUGCAAGACUCCCUGUAUUUUACAAGCAUAGAGACCUUCUUUUCCAACCUGCUUGGGCUUUCACUCUCCCAUCUGUCCUACUCCGGAUUUUUUAA